AUGUCUGACUUUGACGAUUUCGACGAUGACCUUGACCUCACACCCGAAUUCCUAGAAGAGCUUGACAGAGUAGAAGCAGCAAAUAAUGAGCCACCUUUAAAUGCAGCUCAAGAUUCAGAUUCGUUUAGUGAAUUCGAUGAUUUUGAUCCAGAAGCUUUAAUAAGAUUAGCAGACACUGCUGAAAUAAGCAAUUCUUCAGACACAUUUCAGCAAAGCAAUACUUUAGAUGUCCAUAAUCACUCUGUAAAAAACAUUCCACAAAGUCAAUUAACUUCAUUCUUUGGCUCGCCUAUAAUCACACACAGACGAUCAUCCGCAGCAGUAAUCUCCCCAAUCCGGCAAACAAGAUCUCCAGCACAACAAAGCACCAAUAGAAGCAGUCUAGUAUAUGGCGAAAUAUCACAUUUGGAAGAAGAUCAGGAACCUCCCCAGCCUCCAUCGCCAGAAGCACAAACAUUUCAUCCAUUUGAUCGAGAUGCACUUCCCACUUGGGUUUAUCCUACAAAUUAUCCAAUUAGAUCCUACCAAUACAGCAUCAUAAAAAAAGCCAUAUUCACAAACACUCUCGUAGCACUUCCUACUGGUCUGGGAAAAACAUUUAUUGCUGCAGUGGUUAUGUAUAAUUAUUACCGUUGGUUUCCAAGCGCAAAAAUUAUAUUUAUGGCACCAACACGGCCUUUGGUAACACAACAAAUUGAGGCAUGCUUUAAUGUUUGUGGACUUCCACAAAAAGACACUGUUGACAUGACAGGAGGAAUGAAUCCCCCAAAACGUAAAGAAAUGUGGAGAACAAAGCGAGUAUUUUUCCUGACGCCACAGGUGCUACAAAACGACCUUAAAUCUCGAAUAUGCCCUGCCGACCAAAUAGUUUGUAUUGUGGUUGAUGAAGCCCACAAAGCUACUGGAAAUUACGCUUACACCGAGACUGUUAAGUUGAUUUUAAAGACACAUGAUCAGUUCCGAGUACUCGCCUUGACUGCCACUCCUGGAACGAACAUUGAAAAAGUUCAGGUUGUACUAGACAAUCUCCGGAUAGCUAAUGUGGAGAUACGAACAGAGGACUCAAUGGAUAUCCGAGAGUAUUCUUUUGGAAAAAGCAUUCGUACAAUCAUCGUAAGACUAGACGAGGGAGAAGGAAUUGUACAAAACGCUAUUAGAACUUUCAGAAAUGAGGUGUUCACUCCUUUAUUACGGCGCCUUACCAAAUUUCAAGCAAUAUAUGACGAAGCACCUGAAAGAAAUACACCAUUCCAGUUAAUGAUGGCUCGAAAGGAGUUUUCAAUGAAUGCCAAGAAUUUCUCACCUGCUGUCAAGUCCAUGGUACAAACAGACUUCUCAAUCGGGGAUGGUUUAAGUCGUGCUUAUGACAUGCUUUGUCAACAUGGAGUCGGGCCUUUUUUAACUAGUAUCGACCAGACACUACAAGAUAUUCAGACGGUCAUUGAUUCUGGAAAGCAUGUACCAAAAGAAAAAGCAAAGUUAUUGAGUGACUUUAAACUCAAAAACCUUUUGAGAAAUCUAAGAAACAACUACGACCGACCCGAUUUUGUUGGUCAUCCAAAGAUCAAUAGUCUUAUUCAUUCUAUAAAACACCAUUUUGAGAACAACCAAACCAGUAGUAUAGGACAUACAAACACGAAAGUAAUAGUGUUUUCAUCCUAUCGUAGUUCCGUAGAAGAAAUCGUGAAGGUGUUAUCAAAGCACCAACCACUUAUCAGAUGCUGUAGUUUUAUUGGCCAAGCAAGUGGAAAAAAUGGCACAAAAGGUUUAAAUCAAAAAGAACAACAAGAGGUCGUUUCUAAAUUCAAACAAGGAGAAAUCAAUGUAAUCGUUGCAACCUCAAUCGGAGAAGAAGGCUUGGACAUCGGAGAAGUCGACCUGAUAGUGUGCUAUGACUCGCAAAGUUCUCCAAUUCGAAUGCUUCAGCGUAUUGGUCGAACAGGGCGAAAACGCCAAGGGCAAUGCAUACUUCUUAUGACUGAGCAGGAAGAAAGAAAAUAUCAAAAAGCAAAGGACUCUUACAAUAGUGUACAAAGAGCAAUCGCACAAAAGAAUUUGCUGACUUAUUUCAAAAAGAAUCCUUACAUUCUCCCUGAAAACUACAAGCCUGUUUGUUGCAAGAAGAAGCUAAAUAUC